GAGAGCGCCUCACGGGGAGUCGGCGCCUAAGCGACGCGGGAAGGCGCCACUGCCAACGCCACUGCCGCCGCUGCUGGCCAAGGUGCUGGACACGAGAGGCCGGCCGGCCACCUCGUCAGUUCAGGCUCCAUUUGCAGCCGCCGCUGCUUCGCUCCCAGCCAGGUCCCCAUGGAAGAGAUGGAAGAAGAGUUAAAAUGCCCCGUGUGCGGCUCCUUCUAUCGGGAGCCCAUCAUCCUGCCCUGCUUUCACAAUAUAUGUCAGGCGUGCGCCCGCAACAUCCUGGUGCAGACCCCGGAGUCGGAGUCGCCCCAGAGCCGACGGGCCUCUGGCUCCGGGGUCUCCGACUAUGACUAUCUGGACCUUGACAAGAUGAGCCUGUACAGCGAGGCGGACAGCGGCUAUGGCUCCUACGGGGGGUUCGCCAGCGCCCCCACUACCCCGUGCCAGAAGUCCCCCAACGGCGUCCGUGUGUUCCCCCCGGCUAUGCCGCCACCGGCCACACACCUGUCACCGGCCUUGGCCCCGGUGCCCCGCAACUCCUGUAUCACCUGCCCCCAGUGCCACCGCAGCCUCAUCCUGGAUGACCGGGGACUCCGCGGCUUCCCCAAGAACCGCGUCCUGGAAGGGGUAAUUGACCGCUACCAGCAGAGCAAAGCGGCGGCCCUUAAGUGCCAGCUUUGCGAGAAGGCACCCAAGGAGGCCACCGUCAUGUGCGAACAGUGCGAUGUCUUCUACUGUGAUCCGUGCCGCCUGCGCUGCCACCCGCCCCGGGGGCCCCUAGCCAAGCACCGCCUGGUGCCCCCGGCCCAGGGCCGCGUGAGCCGGCGGCUGAGCCCGAGAAAGGUCUCCACCUGCACAGACCACGAGCUGGAGAACCACAGCAUGUACUGCGUGCAGUGCAAGAUGCCCGUGUGCUACCAGUGCUUGGAGGAGGGCAAACACUCCAGCCACGAAGUCAAGGCUCUAGGAGCCAUGUGGAAACUGCACAAGAGCCAGCUUUCCCAGGCGCUGAACAGGCUGUCGGACAGGGCCAAGGAAGCCAAGGAGUUCCUGGUGCAGCUGCGCAACAUGGUCCAGCAGAUCCAGGAGAACAGCGUGGAGUUUGAGGCCUGCCUGGUAGCUCAGUGUGACGCCCUCAUUGAUGCCCUCAACAGGAGGAAAGCCCAGCUGCUUGGCCGCGUCAACAAGGAACGGGAGCACAAGCUAAAGGUGGUUCGAGAUCAGAUCUCUCACUGCACAGUGAAAUUGCGCCAGACCACGGGUCUCAUGGAGUACUGCCUGGAGGUGAUUAAGGAAAAUGAUCCUAGUGGCUUUUUGCAGAUUUCUGACGCCCUCAUAAGGAGAGUGCACCUGACUGAGGAUCAGUGGGGGAAAGGCACGCUCACUCCCAGGAUGACCACGGACUUCGACUUGAGUCUGGACAACAGCCCUCUGCUGCAGUCUAUCCACCAGCUCGACUUUGUGCAGAUGAAAACUUCCUCUCCAGUCCCAGCGACCCCUAUCCUACAGCUGGAGGAGUGCUGCACCCACAACAACAGCGCUACGCUGUCUUGGAAACAGCCACCCCUGUCCACGGUGCCCGCCGAAGGAUACAUUCUGGAGCUGGAUGAUGGCAAUGGUGGUCAGUUCCGGGAAGUGUAUGUUGGAAAGGAGACCAUGUGCACCGUGGAUGGUCUUCACUUCAACAGCACAUACAAUGCUCGCAUCAAGGCCUUCAACAAAACAGGAGUCAGCCAGUACAGCAAGACCCUGGUCCUCCAGACGUCUGAGGUGGCCUGGUUUGCUUUUGACCCUGGCUCGGCGCACUCUGACAUCAUCUUCUCCAAUGACAACCUGACUGUGACCUGCAGUAGCUACGAUGACCGGGUGGUGCUGGGGAAGACUGGCUUCUCCAAGGGCAUCCACUACUGGGAGUUCACGGUGGAUCGCUAUGACAACCACCCAGACCCUGCCUUUGGUGUGGCUCGCAUCGACGUGAUGAAGGAUGUGAUGUUAGGAAAGGACGACAAAGCCUGGGCAAUGUAUGUGGACAAUAACCGGAGCUGGUUCAUGCACAACAACUCGCACACCAACAGAACUGAGGGAGGGAUCGCAAAGGGGGCCACGAUCGGGGUCCUCCUAGACUUAAAUAGAAAAACCUUGACAUUUUUUAUCAACGACGAGCAGCAAGGUCCCAUAGCGUUUGAGAACGUGGAAGGGCUGUUCUUCCCGGCAGUCAGCCUGAACAGGAACGUGCAGGUCACGCUUCACACGGGGCUCCCAGUCCCCGACUGCUACUCCAGCAGAGCAUCAAUAGCCUAAAGAUGUGCUGUGGAGGCGCCAGCUGCCUGUUCUUACCUCCACCGGAGACCAACAGCAAGGAGCUCAGCCAGAGCUGGAGGCAGAGGGAGGAGGAGAGAGAUGCUGGUCCUCACACCCCGCAGCCCCCCUUUUCCUCCAGCCUCUCUACUGCUGUGAAGCCUGCUUUCUCUUCCAUGUUCAGCAAUUCUAACCAACGGAAGACCUAGACAGCCCACCAUGUCACUUUGUUUCCACAGCCAGAUUUUGCUUUUAUGUACAUUAUUUUUUUUAUGUAGGUGAGUUAUCUUUUCUUUCUCCUUUGAUCAUGUCAUUGGUGACUGACUGAACUGGCACUGCCAAGAGAAAAUUCUCCUGAUAACUUUUUUCUUAAACUUUCUGUCAAAGAGGUAGGUAGUAGGGAGAGGUAAGGAAGAAGGAGCUGAAUUUGGAGCUUGCCGUUUAGAAUGUUCUUGAAUGUUCUUGCCCGGUGACCUCUCAUGCAGCGUCAGCUCUGCAAAGCUAGUCUUUUCAGCAAUGAAAAGUUUUACUAUCCACUGAAGCACAAAAAUAUCAGCAACACGACUACACAAAGACAAAGGGGUAGGCUCACAGGACAGCUAGGUCAUUAGGACAGGCCAGAAACCCUGGUCACUGAAUGAAAUUGGAAGCUCUCUAAAUAUAGGCAGGGCAGGGGACUUCAUGAUUUGGUUCAUUCAUUUAAUACAAGUUUUUAAUUGAAAACCGAUUCUGGACCAGGCACUGUUCUAGACAAUGGAGACAGAGUAGUGAAUACACAGGUGUGGUCUCUGACCUCCUGGAGCUUAUAUUGUCCUAGGAGAACAAACCAAAAA